GUUCCUCGGCUGGGCCGUGUGCGCGAACGGGACGGCCACGAACAGGUGCGAAGCCCAGAGCAGUCGUCGUCACGGUAACCGAUCGGUGAAACGCGAGCGCUGGUAGCGUCGAAACUCCGCGCUGUGUGCCGUCGUGGUUUGGUCGACCCGGGGAUCGAGGUCCACGUUUUUUGUUUGCCGUCUGCUACAUCUGCCAAACGUCAAGCACCACGUCGACGGCGUCGAACACCGCGCGUGACGUCAGCGGCCAAAGGCACGCGAAGGGUGGGGCAACCGGUGGAAGAGGAGGAGAGAGCGUACGCGCGCUCAUAGCAGCAGCGGCGGCGGCAGCAGCCACGAUCAUCAUCAUCGGCGCGGCGGAGGUGCUGGGCGAGGGGAAGUGACGUUGACGCAACGCACGCUUCGAAGGGGCGGCAGCGGAGCUAAGCAAGCAGCAGCGGCAGCAGCAGCCUGGGGCGGCACAGCAGCUGCAACGGCGGUGGCUGGACAAGAUGUUCAGCUGGCUGAACAACGAUGACGGCCGCAAGCGGCACCCCGAACUCUACAACACGGUCGUCGAGGGCCUCAAGAAGAUCUACAAGGCCAAGAUACUGCCGCUCGAGGAGCACUACCUGUUCCACGACUUCCACUCGCCGCAGCUCGACGACCCGGACUUCGAGUCGAAGCCCAUGAUCCUGCUCGUCGGCCAGUACUCGACGGGAAAGACCACCUUCAUCCGCUACCUGCUCGAGCGCGACUUCCCGGGCAUCCGGAUCGGGCCCGAGCCGACGACGGACCGGUUCAUCGCCGUCAUGUACGGCGACCAGGAGGGCGUCAUCCCCGGUAACGCGCUCGUCGUCGACCCCAAGAAGCAGUUCCGUCCGCUGGCGAAGUUCGGCAACGCGUUCCUCAACCGCUUCCAGUGUUCGCAGCUCUCGUCCCCCGUGCUGCAGAGCAUGACCAUCAUCGACACGCCGGGCAUACUCAGCGGCGAGAAGCAGCGCGUCGACCGCGGCUAUGACUUCACCGGCGUGCUCGAGUGGUUCGCGGAGCGCGUCGACCGCAUCAUCCUGCUGUUCGACGCGCACAAGCUGGACAUAUCGGACGAGUUUCGGCGCAGCAUCGAGGCGCUGCGCGGCCACGACGACAAGAUCCGCAUCGUGCUCAACAAGGCCGACAUGGUCGACCACCAGCAGCUGAUGCGGGUCUACGGCGCGCUCAUGUGGUCCCUGGGCAAGGUGCUCAACACGCCCGAGGUGGCGCGCGUCUACAUCGGUUCCUUCUGGGACCAGCCGCUGCGUUACGACACCAACCGCAAGCUGUUCGAGGCCGAGGAGCAGGACCUCUUCAACGACAUCCAGGGCCUGCCGCGAAACGCGGCGCUCCGCAAGCUCAACGACCUCAUCAAGCGGGCCAGGCUGGCCAAGGUCCACGCGCACAUCAUCAGCUCGCUGCGCAAGGAGAUGCCGUCCAUGUUCGGCAAGGACAGCAAAAAGAAGGAGCUCAUCAAGGGCCUGGGCAACCUGUACGCCGAGAUCCAGCGCGAGCAGCAGAUAUCGCCGGGCGACUUUCCCGACCUGCGCGAGAUGCAGGAGAAGCUGGCGCAGCACGACUUCACCAAGUUCCACGCGCUCAAGCCGCGGCUCCUGGAGACGGUGGACCGCAUGCUGGCGGAGGACAUCGCCCAGCUGAUGGCCAUGAUACCGCACGAACAGACCGAACAGAGGGACGACGCCGUGGUCAAGGGGGGCGCGUUCGACGGACUCGAGCAGAGUCCGUUCGGCUACGGCCGCGGCGAAGGCGUGGACGCCGGGUCUCUGGAACCGGACUGGAUCGUGGCCCGGGAGCGGUUCAAGUACGACGAGCUGUUCAGCUCGCUGGGUCCCGUGGACGGCAAGAUUUCGGGGGCCGCGGCGAAGGGCGAGAUGGUCAAGAGCAAACUGCCCAACUCGGUGCUGGGCAAGGUUUGGAAGCUGUCCGACCUGGACAAGGACGGCAUGCUGGACGCCGACGAGUUCGCGCUCGCGAUGCACCUGAUCAGCGUGAAGGUGGCGGGACACGAUCUGCCCACAGAGUUGCCCGAACACCUGAUACCCCCGUCGAAGAGGCCAUUCGCGGCCGCUUAGCUCCUUUUGUUU